AGGCCAAAGGGAAAAAAAAAAAAGAGGAUAAGUUCUCAGUAGGGGACAGGCCUGUCUACCUGGGGGUUUGGGAACGAACUGGGGGAUAGGCUGCAGGGGUUUCACAUGAAACCAGGAGGUAUAGAAAGCACAGGGCUGCUCUCAAGGAAGAACUUGCCCCCUCCCCCAAAGCCAAGAGUGCCCCUGCAGAGCGAGGCAGAGAGCAACUAAAAGAAAUUUCUCCUGAUUGGAGGGUGGGUGGGAUGAGGCUGGGGGAGGGGGCUGGGGUGUGUGUCCCACUGUCAUGUAAAUAUCCCUUCCAGGCAGGGCGGCUCCAGUGCAGAUUUAAACCGCUGGCACCUGGGGCAGUCUCAGUGUUCAGCCUGCUUCCGGACGGGUGAGGAGACUCGUGGUCUGGUUCUAGGACUUCCCUAACAGCAUGGCCCCUAAACGCCAGUCUCCACUCCUGCCUCAAAAGAAGAAACCAAGACCACCGCCUGCUCUGGGACCGGAGGAGACAUCGGCCUCUGCAGGCUUGCCGAAGAAGGGAGAAAAAGAACAGCAAGAAGCAAUUGAACACAUUGAUGAAGUACAAAAUGAAAUAGACAGACUUAAUGAACAAGCCAGUGAGGAGAUUUUGAAAGUAGAACAGAAAUAUAACAAACUCCGCCAACCAUUUUUUCAGAAGAGGUCAGAAUUGAUCGCCAAAAUCCCAAAUUUUUGGGUAACAACAUUUGUCAACCAUCCACAAGUGUCUGCACUGCUUGGGGAGGAAGACGAAGAGGCACUGCAUUAUUUGACCAGAGUUGAAGUGACAGAAUUUGAAGAUAUUAAAUCAGGUUACAGAAUAGAUUUUUAUUUUGAUGAAAAUCCUUACUUUGAAAAUAAAGUUCUCUCCAAAGAAUUUCAUCUGAAUGAGAGUGGUGAUCCAUCUUCAAAGUCCACCGAAAUCAAAUGGAAAUCUGGAAAGGAUUUGACGAAACGUUCAAGUCAAACGCAGAAUAAAGCCAGCAGGAAGAGGCAGCAUGAGGAACCAGAGAGCUUCUUUACCUGGUUUACUGACCAUUCUGAUGCAGGUGCUGAUGAGUUAGGAGAGGUCAUCAAAGAUGAUAUUUGGCCAAACCCAUUACAGUACUACUUGGUUCCUGAUAUGGAUGAUGAAGAAGGAGAAGGAGAAGAAGAUGAUGAUGAUGAUGAAGAGGAGGAAGGAUUAGAAGAUAUUGAUGAAGAAGGGGAUGAGGAUGAAGGUGAAGAAGAUGAAGAUGAUGAUGAAGGGGAGGAAGGAGAGGAGGAUGAAGGAGAAGACGACUAAUAGAACACUGAUGGAUUCCAACCUUCCUUUUUUUAAAUUUUCUCGAGUCCCUGGGAGCAAGUUGCAGUCUUUUUUUUUUUUUUUUUUUUUUUUUUUUUUUCCUCUUGUGCUCAGUCACCCUGUUCUUGAGGUCUCUUUUCUCUACUCCAUGGUUCUCAACUUAUUUGGGGGGAAAUACCUUGAGCAGAAUACAAUGGGAAAAGAGUCUCUACCCCUUUCUGUUUGAAGUUCAUUUUUAUCCCUUCCUGUCUCAACAAAAACUGUAUGGAAUCAACACCACCGAGCUCUGUGGGAAAAAAGAAAACCCUGCUCCCUUCGCUCUGCUGGAAGCUGGAGGGUGCUAGGCCCCUGUGUAGUAGUGCAUAGAAUUCUAGCUUUUUUCCUCCUUUCUCUGUAUAUUGGGCUCAGAGAGUACACUGUGUCUCUAUGUGAAUAUGGACAGUUAGCAUUUACCAACAUGUAUCUGUCUACUUUCUCUUGUUUAAAAAAAGAAAAAAAACUUAAAAAAAUGGGGUUAUAGAAGGUCAGCAAAGGGUGGGUUUGAGAUGUUUGGGUGGGUUAAGUGGGCAUUUUGACAACAUGGCUUCUCCUUUGGCAUGUUUAAUUGUGAUAUUUGACAGACAUCCUUGCAGUUUAAGAUGACACUUUUAAAAAUAAAUUCUCUCCUAAUGAUGACUUGAGCCCUGCCACUCAAUGGGAGAAUCAGCAGAACCUGUAGGAUCUUAUUUGGAAUUGACAUUCUCUAUUGUAAUUUUGUUUCUGUUUAUUUUUAAAUUUUCUUUUUGUUUCACUGGAAAGGAAAGAUGAUGCUCAGUUUUAAACGUUAAAAGUGUACAAGUUGCUUUGUUACAAUAAAACUAAAUGUGUACACAAAGGAUUUGAUGCUUUUCUCUCAGCAUAGGUAUGCUUACUAUGACCUUCCAGGUUUGACUUGUAUAACAUCACUGUCAAACUUUGUCACCCUAACUUCGUAUUUUUUGAUACGCACUUUGCAGGAUGACCUCAGGGCUAUGUGGAUUGAGUAAUGGGAUUUGAAUCAAUGUAUUAAUAUCUCCAUAGCUGGGAAACGUGGGUUCAAUUUACCAUUGGUUUCUGAAAGUGUUCACAUCAUUUGGGAUACCAGAUUGCUCAAUACUUUUCUGGGUAUACUGUGCCCUUGAUUUUUAUCUCCAAGUGGCAGUUUUUAAAAUUGGCCUUUUACCUGGAUAUAAAAUAAUAGUGCCUGCCACCACCAUCCAACAGACCUGGUGCUCUAAUGCAAAGUUAUACAUGGGACAGUUGCUGGCAUGUCUUCAUUGGCUAUAUACAAUGUGGCCAAGAAGAUAGGCUCUCAAGAGUAAGAAGUCUGUGAUGGUUAGCAGUAACUGUCCCUGCUCUCUGGUAUAAAGCUCUCAAAUGUGACUGUGAAUCUGGGUGGGAUAAGGGACUCGGCUCUGUCUGCUCAAUGCCAUUGUGCAGAGAAGCACCCUAAUGCAUAAGCUUUUUAAUGCUGUAAAAUAUAGUUGCUGAAAUUAAAUGCCACUUUUUCAGAGGUGAAUUAAUGGACAGUCUGGUGAAAUUCAAAAGCUUUUUGAUGUAUAAAACUUGAUAAAUGGAACUAUUCCAUCAAUAGGCAAAAGUGUAACAACCUAUCUAGAUGGAUAGUAUGUAAUUUCUGCACAGGUCUCUGUUUAGUAAAUACAUCACUGUAUACCGAUCAGGAAUCUUGCUCCAAUAAAGGAACAUAAAGAUUU